AUGUUCGUGAGGAGGUUACCAAUAUGUGCGCCGCUCUCCUUUGCGAGGAGGUACAUUGGGAACCAUAACAAAAUUUUCGACAAACUCAAAGAAAGAGGAGGAACGCUGGACGGGGAAACAAAUGAACACGUGUGCAACCAGGACAGCGAUGACGACCGAGUGGAAAUUAUUAACAUUGAUGAGAGAAUCCUCCGCAAUGAUAACAUCCCCUGGGGCGAAGUAAAACAAACAGAGGAGGUAAACAAAGACGAUCUACACAGAGAAGAUGAAUUCUACAAAAACAUGAGGUACUUUAAGAAUGUCGAUGUGAGAAGCUUCAUCCAGGAAACGAUUGACUAUUACACAUUUGAGCAGCUCAGAGGGGAUGAGUGGACAGCCAAGGAAGGGCAGCAGCACAAGUCGAAUGAGAACAAGGGGGGACUCCAAACGGGAAGGGGGGAAGAAGUAGAAGGAGGAAAGCAACGAGUUGGCGAUGGCCAAGUGACGGAUGAGGAAAGGCGAGACAAUGCAGAGCAAGCGUAUAGGCCAACCUUCAGGGAGAAACCAAAAUGGGAGCAAUGCACAGGGGAGAAAAACUAUGAAGGGUUAACCCCUGCGCAAAGAUUUUACGAAGAGAACAAGGAGAAACUUAUAAUGGAGAGCAUGAAGCAAUACAAUGAACGGAGGAUGAAACUGGAUGGAGGGAGUAGUAGUAGUAGUAACCCCCACCUUGGGAUGCAUACAAACCAAGGGGAGGAAGCUGAAGAGGACUAUUACCAUACCCAGGUGACGGACCCGAUCGUCAGGCAGAGGGACAACUACCUGUUCGACUACGAAGAUGAUGAAGGGGACGCAAAUGGUGAGGAUGGAAAUAGCGAGGCGGACGACAGCGUAGAAUUAGAGAAGGGAGUCAUGCCCACCAUCGAGCAGAUCGUCUUCAUCCUAAAGCAUGAAAAGGUGAAAAACAUUAAGGUAAUCGACCUGGACAAGUGCGGACGAAGAGACAUCGGCAUGUUCUUAAUUCUUUGCACAGGAGAAACACCCAAACAUAAUAAGCGAGUGGGAAAAUUAAUCAGCAGGAUUUUUGUAGACCUAGAGAUACCCUUCAUUUCUAAGGUAGCCUACUGCUACUGUAACAAAUUUGAUGAUUGGAUCAUCGCCCACUGUGGUCCGCUAAAAGUGCAUGUGGUCACCAAAGAGCUCCGAGAUGUGUACGAUUUGGAGAAUCUCUUCCUUUACCCCCAUGAACAUUUCAACAGUGAAAAUUUCCCUGCCUUCUUCGACUACACCCCCGGCAUCCCGCCCCCCUACAUCGUCCGCAGUAACUCCUCCCUGGACGCCUAUUCGAAUGACGAACUUUAUCACAAGUUCAUUACCGACACGUGA